CCCGCUCCCGCUUCCCGUCUGCGUGAGGCCCCGGGGUUCUGGGUGGAUUUUCCUGCGCGAGCUAAAAUGAAUGCGUGAGGCGGCGUCAGAAACUGCAGGGUUGCUGGAAUUCAUGUGAACAUGUUGAAGAGAAAGAAGCCUCAUAGGAAGCGUAGCAAAGCAGAUGCGAGUGAUCCGGUUGCCUACAAACAGCGCAGUAUUGUUGGAAGCAAAGUGCAACAUGGAUGGAGGGAGAAGACGGGAGUGGUCACCGAGUGGAAGGGCACGGUCUUGGACCAGCUACCGGUCAACCCUUCCCUCUUCCUGGUCAAGUACGACGAUUUCGACUGUGUCUACGGGAUCGAACUUUUCAAAGAUGAGAGGGUCUCCACACUCGAAAUACUGCCCGACAAGAGCGGUCGAACAAAAAUAAUGGAUGGAGACUUGGCUGAGUUGAUCGUGGGCAAGGCGGUGGAGCACAUGUUUGAGAAGGAUGAUGGAUCCAAGAAUGAAUGGCGAGGGAUGGUGCUGGCCCGUGCACCCGUCAUGACCACUUGGUAUUAUAUCACCUAUGAAAAGGACCCUGUUCUGUAUAUGUACCAGUUACUGGAGGAUUACAAAGAGGGAGAUCUGCGCAUCCUGCCUGAUUCAGAGAACAAGCAAGUGUUGCCCACGGAGCCCGGAGAGGUGAUCGAGAGCCUGGUGGGGAAGCAAGUGGAGUACGUGACCGAGGACGGCACUAAGAGAACGGGGCUGGUCAUUCACCAAGUGCAAGCAAAGCCAUCCGUCUAUUUCAUUAAGUUCGAUGACGAUUUCCACAUCUAUGUGUAUGACUUGGUCAAAACCUCCUAGCUGCAUGCAACACUUGUCAUUGCCGUCACAAAGAGAUUUUACUGUGAACUGUGAGCUGAUCACUGAAGAGACUUGUGUUCUUUAUGUUAGCCCUCCCCCCCCCCCCCUUCCCCCCCACUGUGUGUUUAAUUCCCAGACUCGGAAAAAGUGACAUAUACGCAUCCGUCUUUUGACAUUUCCCCCGGAACUUGGCCUUCGCACGCCGCUCUGCUGCACCGACCAAUGCAGCUUCCGUGGGCUGUAACGCUGUCCGUGAAGCCAAUGGAGAAGUCCUUCGCUGGCAGAGUCUGCUGAUCCCAGCCCUGUUGGACCCCUGAACUUACCAGCAUAAGUUAUGCUGGUUCCAAUGCGAUCACUUUGUGCAAGGGGUUAUAAAGGAGACUGCACCAGCCUUGGGCUCCACCCAGCUCAUCCCCCCCUGUGCCUGACAGUGGCUGGGCUCCUUCCUAUUGAGCAGGAGGCAGCAAUACAGGGGGAAUGCAGUGACCAAAUUAGGCAGUAGACUCCUAUUUCAAACAGAUCCUAAAAUGUUUGAGAGAUGUUAUGUUUGUCUUUAAAAUGUGUGGUGCUCCCAGGAUAGAAUGUUUUCUGAUUCCUGUCAAAAGAGCAGUUUUAAAGAAUUUAAUCUAGUUUUGCUGAGGGGAUGGGGAUAUUCUUGAGUGGGGAACUACACAAAGAUAUCUUUGCGGCAAUUGUUUUACUAUUUCAGAUUGGCGGUGGUGUCUGGUGUCAUGCAUGCUGGUCAACGUUAAUACUCAGCUACCUGUGUUAGGCUUCCAUUUGUUAUAAACCUCUUUUUCUGUACAAUUAGAUCCGGUAUAAAUGUCUGUUUGCGUGAGUGUGUGUGUGUGUGUGUGCGUGUGUGUGUGUGCGUGCGUGCAUGCGUGCGUGCGCCAGUGGGAGAAUCAGUUCGUCAUAUCUACCAUGCUACGGCUAACACAAAGAAUAUUGUCUCUCCGAUGUGCAUCGUUUGUAAGACUCGUCCGAUCUUGAGUUUGUCUUUAUUCUGUGUCUUUGACUUUUUUUUUUAAGGUAAAUAUCUUGGAUUUCAUGGCCUUA